CCCGCGCCAGACUCCUCCAUAACCCUCUCCUAACCCUUUCCCGUGGUCUCCUGCUGUAAGCCGCCGCCGCCGAUCGCCGACCGCCAUGGCUUCUGGUGAGCUGCCGCCGUCCAAGAAGAAAUCCGCUCCCACUACCAUAAGCUCCCUCGGCGAGGACCUCCUGUGCGAGGUUUUCCUCCGCCUUCCCUCCCUCCCUACCCUCGUCCGCGCCGCCCUCACCUGCCCCGCCUUCCUCCGCGUCGUCCGCUCGUCCCCAAAAUUCCGCCGCCGCUUCCGCGAUCUUCACCCGGCCCCGCUUCUAGGUGUCUUCCUCGACAUCUACGACCCCGGUAUGCCCGCCUUCGUGCCCAUCCGCCGCCGGUCCGAUCCGGACCACGCUGCCGCCGUCCGCGGCGCCGAUGUCUUCCUCACCCGUGUUCCUGACCUGGAAGCCGAAGAGGAAGGCGGUGCCGAAGAUGAAGGGGAAGGGGAAGACGAAGAUGAAAACAUCGGGUGGUCGAUGACGGAGUGUCGCGACGGGUACGUGGUCCUCGUCAACCGGACUGUCGGCCGGAUCAUCAAGCGGGUGGCCGUCUACGACCCCCUCACGCGGGGCCUGCACCUCCUCCCCGCGCCGCCCGGAGACCCAGAAGAGACUGAAGUUGAGUUCCACGUCGUCACGUCCGAUGAGGACCGCCGGUCGCUCCGCGUCAUCUGCAUCUGCAAGGAAAGGAAGAAAGUGCGGGUCGCCGUCUUCUCGCCGGACAGCAAGGAGUGGCAGAUCUCCCCAAAAGCACCGCGCCUGAAGCUGCAGGCCGAUGACAGUGGUACGCUAGUGAAUGGGUGUGUCUACUGGGCAACUGUAAGCAAAGCCGAUAUUCAUGUGCUGAAGCUGAACACGGCAACACUGCAAUUCUCCCGGAUGGAUCCGCCGCGGCAUAUGGGAGGGCGGGAGGGUCUCAAGGUCGGGGAGACCAGCGAUGGGAAGCUCUGCUUGGCCUGCGCAUCUGAACUCACUCUUGUUGUUUGCGUCCAGAGAGCCGAUGGCGAUGGUGUCGAUAAAUGGAUGCCGAACAGGACAUUUGAGUUGGUGGACGAUAUCGACAAGCUCCGGCUACAGUUUGUAGAUCGUUUCCCAUGUCUGAAGGUCGUGGCCAUCAUCGGUGGCAUUGUGUAUUUGGCUACCUUCCAGGCAGAGCAUCCUAGUUCUUCUGGCUGCUUCCUAUCAUUCUGCAUUGAAACAGAGGAACUGAAGGAGGUCUGCCCUAUCACUAACUCUGAUUCUUCCUAUCCCUACGUCAUGGCGUGGCCUCCUGUUUUGGUAGGCAAUAAGGUGAACUCUCGCGGCUACAAGGGGCUCUAGUAGUAAUAAGAGGAAUAAGAAAACUAGAAGUCGGUCCAUUUAUCUGUACUGCAGAUAUCACCUUUUCUGUUAACCGAUGAUGGUAUGUUUGCUAUGAUUCUAUAUAUCCAGUCUUCAUUAGAUUUACUCAAUUUUGUAUAAA